UCGCUGAUAUCAGUGGUUAGUAUGAAAAAUAUCAAGUUUGUUUUUCCACAAUUUCACAGUCCGCAAAUCAAUGCACGUAUUACGUUUGGCAAUAGUUUACCGUGUUUACUGGGUGCAAUAUCAUAACUUUUCUCAAAAUUCACGAUAGAUAGCAAUUGAAACGCACGUCAUCAUUCAACAACCGUCAAUAUAAAAAUAAUGAUCAAACAGAAACAACGUGGAAAACGAAUUGCAGGAAUAUUGAACACUGUAAUCUACAAAUUACCUUUCGAAGCACACAUUCCAGGUUAUCAAUUUGCGGGUUCUGGAACGCGGUUAGAAAAUAGAUUGAAGCGAGGUGACAUCAAAGUGAACCCUCUUGAUGCUGCUUGCCGCAACCAUGAUAUAAUUUAUAGAAAAUACAAGAAUCUCGAGGACCGUCAUAAAGUGGAUAAGGUGUUUGAACAUUGGGCUUGGGAAAGAGUGUUGGACAUAGACACUAAAUUUUCUGAACGAUUCGCAGCUUAGGGUGUUACCAACGCGAUGAAAUUGAAAUGUGAACUCGUCUUGGGU